AUGUUUAGACAAUCUUUUCGUCAAGUAGCCAAACAGUCGGUUUCUGCUGUUAGAAGAACAUAUGCUACAGAGACUGCAUCCUCUGAUGCCCUAAAAUUAUCGUUGGCGUUACCAUACCAGACCCUAUACGCCGAUUCCGAAGUGCAACAAGUCAACUUACCAUCCAUUAACGGUGACUUGGGUAUCUUGGCCAACCAUAUUCCAAUUGUAGAGCAAUUGAGACCAGGUUUAUUGGAGGUUAUAUUGAAAGGAGGCGAAACAGAACAAUACUUUGUCAGUGGAGGUUUGGCAAUGGUGCAACCCGGUAAUAAAUUGACUAUCAGUGCUAUCGAAGCAUUCAAACCAGACCAGUUUGACCCAAGCGCCGUUAAGAGCUUGAUUGCAGAUGCUCAAAAGAGAGCCGAGUCCGGAGAUGAGAAAGUCGCUGCUGAAGCUAAUUUAGAAUUGGAAGUUUUAGAAGCUUUACAACACGUUGCCAAGUAA